AUGUUGUUAAAACACUCCGAUGCCUUGAUAAGCGCUUUCGUUUUGACGCUCUAUUAUGUGGGCGUGGCCGCUGGAAACGCGUCCGACUUUGUGACCAUGGCCGAUCUGCGCAGAACCAGGCGUGGCCACUCGCUAUCCCGCCCUGGGGGCCUGAUAAUGGAAGGCAUUGGUUACCAGUACACAAUGCGCUAUCAGCCGGGCUUCCAUUUGCUCAAGCUGGCCCAGCAGGAGGAAGAGCCCCCGGCUGCGACGGAGGCACCCCUGCCCAUGCCCAUUCCAACGCCCGCUACACCGCCGCCCCAACCAGCUCCCACGGAAGCUGAGGAGCCGGAGCCCACGAUUCCCGUGCGUCCCACAUCCGCACCCACAGAGGAACCCCCUCCACCUCCAGCAACGGAUUCCAUGAUGCCCAUGCCGACUAAGCCCAGUCCCAGUUCUGGUCCUCGCCCCAGUCCGAAGCCUUCGAUGCGACCGCCAGUGCCUCCAUUGCCACCGACCAGCACCAAAUCGUCCAUCAUGCAGCCCCAUCAGACGCUGAAGAACCUCCUCUUCGGCUCGCCCAUCGAGGCAAAUUUGAUACUGAAAAAGCCCAAUGCACCUCGCUCCAAGGGCAAGGGCUUCCUCAGCCUGUUCGAGGUGAUAAAGUUCCCCAACACGCGGUGCAGUGUGUCCAUGGGCGACAUCCGGAGCAUGGAGGGCGUCUGCUAUCACGAGUUUGAGUGCAAGAGCCUCGGGGGGAUUCCCACCGAGAGCUGUGCCGAGGGCGUGGGCGUAUGCUGUGUGUUCGUCAACGGGUGCGGAGAUGUGACCAGCCAGCAGAUUCUCUACUUCGAGAGCCCCAACUACCCGAAUGCAGUGCGCGAAAUGAUGAUAUGCGUGCUGAUAAUAAACGUGAAGAAGGGGGUCCAGCAGCUGCGGCUGGACUUCCAGAUGUUUGAGCUAAGUCGUCCAACCAAUGGGGAUUGCCUGGACGAUCAGUUUAUAGUGUCGGGCCACAACACGAACUUCCAGAUACCCGUUCUCUGUGGCAUUAACACGGGCCAACACAUUUAUAUACAUGUCGGCGACUCAAAUGAGAGCAAGGUGUAUCUAUCGGUAUUCCUAAAAGUCUCCGGCGGUGGGCGUUCGUUCAACAUAAAGGUAACCCAGGUGGACGACGACCUGGCCCCAAAUAACUGCCUUCAAUAUUUCACGGAGGGAGAGGGACUCAUUAAGUCCUUCAAUUACGACUCAGAUGGGUCCAUUGUGGACAACCGGGAAGCCACAUAUUUCAACAAUCUCAACUAUGCCAUCUGCCUGGCGAGGUUAAAGAACGUGUGCAGUGUGAGUUAUAACACCGAGCAAUUGGGUGGCGAUCAGCCCGAUUUUCAAAUCGUCAAUAAAGACGAAGCCGAGAACGAUCUGAUCUCCGAUGGCCAGGCGGGCGCUGGGAUCUUCAACUGCCCGGAUGACUUUAUAGCCAUCAACUCGGUGCCUUUGUGUGGCGAGCGGUUCAACGAUGGCCGGGAAAGCGACGAUUACACCGUGCACGCCACCGUGAGGGACACCGCCGCAGGACCCAUCAUUCUGCCCUUCCGAACCGACUCGGAGUAUGUGGGUCGCGGCUUUCGGCUGCUCUACAGACAGGAACUGUGUGUCUGA